GCUUGGCCUGUGUCAGGACGGAGGAGGCGGCGUCUUCCUCUCGCUGUGAAACGCCGCAUCCUGUGGGAAUUUCCUCACCUGCCGGGGGAGCCCGGGCCCACGAGGGAGGCGCUGCCAGGCUCUCUGGAGGGGGAGUGGUGCGGUCCCCGGCACCUCGCGGCACAGGCCUGUCUUCCUUCCCCGCCCCGCACCUUUCUAGGAUCAGAGGCUGGUCCUGAGUGUUUGGUGCGGAGCAUCUCUCAGAGACCAGGCUCAACGUUCACCUGCAAGACUAGGAGAGCAAGCCCCGGAGUUCACGAUUCCAAGUCAGUGUGUGGUGGCAUGUGGCGCUCUCGAGUCAGGAAGGAGGCUCCUGAGUCCCGUGGCCUGCUUGGUGGUGGUGACAUCGAUAAGAGGCUGGCGCGUGUCUGCUCCAGCCGGCGGCCCUGUGACUGCGGUGGUAGCCAUGCACACGUGCCUGUGGUGGUAGCUAUGCACAUGUGCAGGCUGGCAAGGCCCAGGAGCGGGAGCGAUGUCUGUUGAGGUCUCUCCCAGCCCGGGCUCCGUCUGCUGGGCUUCCGCAUGGGCCUCCUCCCUUUCUUCUCAUCCGCGAUGCAGCACCUAUCACCGUUUGAUAAAGAUUAAGGACACGUUCUUUGGUCAACAACCAGAACAUCCGAUCUGCUGGGAAAGAGCCAGAGGCCACUCCCACUACAGCUGAGGAAGAUGAAAUUUCCCUUUUAUUGGGUGCCUUGUGCCGGGAGCACACCACCUCUCACAGGCGUGGGGGCGUGAAGAGGGCUGCGCUUGUCCACUGGGAACUCAUGGUGAUGGCGGGUGACCCCACGUGAUCAGAGGGGCCGGCGCCACCCCUCUCAUGACGGGCUAUACCAUGCUGCGGAGUGGGGGCGUGGGGAACGGGGGUCAGGCCUGGAUGCUCUGGUGCUCCACCCGCAGCCGGCUCACGUGGCUCAGCUUCACGCUCUUCGUCAUCCUGGUUUGCUUCCCGCUCAUUGCUCACUAUUACCUCACCACGCUGGAUGAGGCCGAUGAGGCGGGCAAGCGGAUUUUCGGCCCACGGGCCGGCAACGAGCUGUGUGAGGUUAAGCACGUGCUGGACCUUUGCCGAAUUCGUGAGUCCGUGAGUGAGGAGCUCUUGCAGCUGGAAGCCAAGCGGCAGGAGCUGAACAGCGAGAUCGCCAAGCUGAAUCUGAAGAUCGAAGCCUGCAAGAAGAGUAUUGAAAAUGCCAAGCAGGACCUGCUGCAGCUCAAAAAUGUCAUCAGCCAGACGGAGCACUCUUACAAAGAGCUGAUGGCCCAGAACCAGCCCAAGCUCUCGCUGCCCAUCCGGCUGCUCCCCGAGAAGGACGAUGCUGGCCUCCCUCCCCCGAAGGCCCUGCGGGGCUGCCGACUGCAUAACUGCUUCGACUAUUCUCGCUGCCCGCUCACCUCUGGCUUCCCAGUCUAUGUGUAUGACAGUGACCAGUUGGCCUUUGGCAGCUACCUGGACCCUUUAGUCAAGCAGGCCUUUCAGGCUACAGCCCGGGCCAACGUGUAUGUGACGGAAAACGCAGACAUCGCCUGCCUCUACGUGGUCCUGGUGGGUGAGAUGCAGGAGCCCGUGGUGCUGCGGCCUGCUGAGCUUGAGAAGCAGCUGCAUUCUUUACCAUACUGGCGGACAGACGGACAUAACCACGUCAUCAUCAAUCUGUCACGGAAGUCAGAUACGCAGAACUUGCUGUAUAAUGUCAGCACAGGACGGGCCAUGGUGGCCCAGUCCACGUUCUAUGCUUCUCAGUACAGACCUGGCUUUGACUUGGUCGUCUCGCCCCUGGUCCAUGCCAUGUCAGAGCCCAACUUCAUGGAAAUCCCACCACAGGUGCCCGUGAAGCGGAAAUAUCUCUUCACCUUUCAGGGGGAGAAAAUUGAGUCCCUGAGGUCCAGCCUUCAGGAGGCCCGAUCCUUUGAAGAGGAAAUGGAAGGUGACCCUCCGGCCGACUAUGACGACCGGAUCAUCGCCACCCUGAAGGCGGUGCAGGACAGCAAGCUCGAUCAGGUCCUGGUGGAAUUUACGUGCAAAAACCAGCCCAUGCCCAGCCUGCCCACCGAGUGGGCGCUGUGUGGGGCGCGGGAGGACCGCCUGGACCUGCUGAAGCUCUCUACCUUCGCGCUCAUCAUCACGCCCGGGGACCCGCGCCUGCUCAUCUCCUCCGGGUGCGCUGCACGGCUCUUCGAAGCCCUGGAGGCCGGGGCCGUUCCGGUCGUGCUGGGGGAGCAGGUGCAGCUUCCCUACCAGGACAUGCUGCAGUGGAAUGAGGCGGCGCUGGUGGUGCCCAAGCCGCGCGUCACCGAGGUGCACUUCCUCCUACGGAGCCUCUCGGACAGCGACCUGCUGGCCAUGCGGCGGCAGGGCCGCUUCCUCUGGGAGACGUACUUCUCCACCGCCGACAGUAUUUUCAGUACCGUGCUGGCCAUGGUCAGGACCCGCAUCCAGAUCCCAGCCGCCCCCAUCCGCGAGGAGGCUGCCACCGAGAUCCCCCACCGCUCGGGCAAGGCGGCCGGGACGGACCCCAACAUGGCCGACAACGGGGACCUGGACCUGGGGCCGGUGGAGACCGAGCCGCCCUAUGCCUCGCCUAGAUACCUCCGCAACUUCACUCUGACGGUCACCGACCUCUACCGCAGCUGGAACUCUGCCCCCGGCCCGUUCCACCUCUUCCCCCACACGCCCUUUGACCCCGUGUUGCCCUCAGAGGCCAAGUUCCUGGGCUCUGGGACUGGGUUUCGGCCCAUUGGGGGUGGAGCUGGGGGCUCUGGCAAGGAGUUCCAGGCAGCGCUUGGUGGCAACGUGCCCCGGGAGCAGUUCACGGUGGUGAUGCUGACCUAUGAGCGGGAGGAGGUCCUUAUGAACUCUCUGGAGAGACUGAACGGCCUCCCUUACCUGAACAAGGUGGUGGUGGUGUGGAAUUCUCCCAAACUGCCCUCGGAGGACCUUCUGUGGCCUGACAUCGGCGUGCCCAUCAUGGUGGUGCGCACGGAGAAGAACAGCUUAAACAAUCGAUUCUUGCCCUGGAAUGAAAUCGAGACAGAGGCCAUCCUGUCGAUUGACGACGACGCACACCUCCGCCACGAUGAGAUCAUGUUCGGGUUUCGGGUGUGGAGAGAGGCGCGGGACCGCAUCGUGGGCUUCCCUGGCCGCUACCACGCGUGGGACGCCCCUCACCAGUCCUGGCUCUACAACUCCAACUACUCCUGCGAGCUGUCCAUGGUGCUGACGGGCGCUGCCUUCUUCCAUAAGUAUUAUGCCUACCUGUACUCUUACGUGAUGCCCCAGGCCAUCCGGGAUAUGGUGGACGAGUACAUCAACUGCGAGGACAUCGCCAUGAACUUCCUCGUGUCCCACAUCACUCGGAAACCCCCCAUCAAGGUGACCUCCCGCUGGACUUUCCGCUGCCCGGGCUGCCCGCAGGCCCUGUCCCACGACGACUCCCACUUCCACGAGCGGCACAAGUGCAUCAACUUCUUCGUGAAGGUGUACGGCUACAUGCCGCUGCUGUUCACGCAGUUCCGCGUGGACUCCGUGCUCUUCAAGACGCGCCUGCCCCACGACAAGACCAAGUGCUUCAAGUUCAUCUAGGGGCUCGCAGGUUCGGGGAGCGGACGAGGAGAGCGAAAGGUGGCGCCUAAGGUUCUGCGCUCGGAGGGGCCUCAGGGACACCCUCCGGGUGGGGGCCGCGCCCGCCCCGGGAGAGCCGCGGGGAGUGCCCAGGAGACGCUGCGUCUCUGAGGUCGGCCUCGCUGGGCGGGUGGGGCCGAGGCUGCGGGGACCCGCCGCGGGGCCCUGACCGAUAGCUACACUGAGGACCCGGGCUCGCGGGCGCCGCGCGGAGGCCCAGUCCGGCUGGUUUGUGAUUUUUAGAUUCAGUAACAAUUAUUAUUAUUUAAGAAGGAAAAGGUUCAGAGUCGCCAUUCGAGGCUUAUUUAUAUAUAUGUGUGUGCGCGUGUGGACACACAUGUGUAUGUCCGUAUGUCUGUGUAUAUACAUGGGCGCACACACUCACAGAGACAUACAUAUAUAUAUUUUGGGGGGUGUGGAGUUUGAAACGCUGCCUGUCUCGCUGCGGGAGGCGCUCCGUAUCCUGUGUCUGGUGGAGAAGCUCCCGGCCUCCUGGUCCCUGGUUCAUCCUGGAACAUCCUCUCGGCCCACAGACAGGCCUGUGGGUGUCCUCCCGCCCCCCCCCUUGACACCCGCCGCCCCGCCGUGCUGGGGGAGGCCUGCCUGCGCCUUGGGGGGCAGCCGGCCCACUGGCGCUUAGGGCUCUCGCUGGGUCUGUCUCCCGGUCUCCGCGUUUGAAAGGCGUGGGAGGGAGACGUGGUCUGGAAGAGCCUCCAGCUGCUGCUCGUCCUGUCCGUCCUUGUCAACGGUUCCGGCAGCAGGCGUUCCCGAGGCUGCCCCUUGUUGAGAGCAGAGAGCUGGGCUGUUCUGGGCCGGCCCGAGUGGAUCUGCAGGGGCCCCUCCCUGGAGAGCCGCGCGUGGCCUUGGGGGCUCCCCACCCCGCUGUCCGGGAGUCUUGCAGCAAGGCCCCUGCCUUGGGAGAAAAUCUCGGUGAAAUUCACCUUCCCCCUCCCCGUCUGGACCUGCACCCUGUGUUACCUCUGGUUUGGAGACCUCUCGUGCCACCUGGGUUCUGGCCCCCGAGGCGUGGGAUGUGCUGGAACGGGGGAUGGCAUUUGUUAAGAGGCGCAAAUCCAGCCUGGAAGUUUCCAGGCUUUCACCCCCACAUUACCACUCUCCACUCCUGGUUUACAUUUCUAUUCCCUGGGCUGAAAUGGAAAUAAGCUAAUUUCUAUUGUUGUUUUUGGUGGUGGUGGCAGCAGGGAACUGAAGAGGGCGUUAGGCACUUGGCAGGGAUUUAGUCCAUGAUUCUACCGUUUUCUGGACCCCGCGUGCUCCUGGCGAGGCUGAGGAGAGGUGGUUCCCGCAACUCAGGUCUGUCCUGGUCGUGCACUUGCCUUAAGCCCGUUCUGUCUCCCCCAGACCGUGACACCCUGUGCUUCUGUUUCCUGGGCGCCUUCGCCUCUGUCCUGCCUGGACCAAGUGGCUUCUCUUCAGUGUCACUUGGCAGCAGGCUGUCUGGGGUGCGUGGACGCCCCAGCUCCGGGACUCCUGCCGCGGAGCUGUCCUCGCAGCAGGCGGGAGCAGGGUGCCCCGGGCUCUGUCCUCGGGGUGCCCGACAACCUGCUCGGGGCUGCCCUGCUUGGGGCUGCCGAAACCCUGAGCUGCCGCCAGCACCCGGCAGGGCUGCCGACUCCUGCGCCCUGACUGUCCGACCGCCCUUCCUCAACCGCCGGCUUCUCGCAGUAGCCUCUUCCCUCCGGGAGCCAAAGAAUGUGGUGUUCGAGCUGUGUCUGUGGCUGCUGUCUGUGCCUGUGCUGUGCCCUGAGGGGCUCCGAGCCUGACCUCGCGAGGCACCUGCCGAGAAAGGCGCCCUCUGCUGGGACCCGCCAGUGGAGCCAGAUGGGGGCCCCCUGAACGCCCUCAGUGCCUCUGAGACCAGUGACUGCAUCUCCCGGACAGCGGGAGGGCCGUGACGUCAGAGCUCCCAACAAGGACGUGUUGUUUGCACCUGACCCGAAGGGCCCGACGGCAGGCUCUGUGGACUCCGCCGUGGUCUCAGAGGACGCGCCCGAGCGUGAGAGGCAGGGCCGGCAGCCCCCCGGUCAGGGUCCUGGAGAAAGGCGGUGCCGCGGGCAGGGUGGACGGCUCCGAGCUGGGGGUGCCGCGCGUCUCCUGGGACCCGGAUGCCAUCAUGCGUGUGAGUGCCACGCCACGGCGGCGGCCCUCUGGCCUCCUCAGCGCCCACGGGCGGCCAGUCUCUGCCCCAGGCCUGGCCGGCCCGCUUCUCACGGAGGAGCUCGUGCUGCGGCCCGGGUGCUGUCGGCCGCCCGGCGCGUGCCGCUUGCAGGUAUUCUGGGGGGGUCGCUGGCGUCCGUGCAGCGCUGGCCCCGCCUGCCGUGAGCACAAUGGUCUGACGGAUUUUUGUAAAAAAAAUAAAAUAAAAUAAAUGGAGACUUUAACUCGAGCAGCUUGGAGGCCUCGUGUGAUUUUCCUCUGCAGGGACUGAGCGAGGUGAGAGAGGGGGCCCG